AGAGACCCGACCUAAAAACAAAGUAUACGAUAAAUAAUGCCUGUCGUCGUCUACCUACCUUAUGCAGUCAACUUUUUAUGAAAGUUGCAGCCUUCUGGUCAUUCUGGUCGACUAGCUGGUGUAACUUUUUUCCACUUUGCUGCCUAAUUUACCUUAAGGUACCUUACCUAACGGAGUUUACGGACCUCGUAGGCACUACCUUAGGCAAUACCCUGCAUCACAACCUGCAAGGCAGGCACGACCGGUCACCGGCCUCUCACCCGUACCUUACCUACAAAUAUAUUCACAUAUCUGGCUUCCUUACCUUGUCAACCUAUUUCCUCCAUCCUCCUCCGGUGCUAACCUCCUUAGAUCUGAACUUUGUUUCACUCUGCCUGUGCUCUUUCAAUAAAGUCCCUACUCCGGUCGCUUGGUGGCGAAAAUGGACUUGAAAGAAGUCAUCGCCGGCCUCAUGGGGAGCUUCAACGGCUCCUCGUCACCAUCCGUCUCCUCAAACGGGCUGGAUGCCAACGUCACAGCCGCCACAUAUACGGCAGGUGGGACGGUGGGCAAGAACCACAACCAGAACCCCCUCCUCGACACCCUCACAGCACUGCUGGGAGGCCAGUUCACCCCCAUCAUUCGCUCCCUGACGCUUCUCCACCAGCUCUUCGGGGCGCGGCUGGGGCUGGACCCGACCCUCGUUCUCACCCUCGUCGGCGCCGCUUGGGCAUUCAACCGCCUGGCGCGCCAGGUCUAUUCCGCCGUCGCUAAGCUGGUGACCGCCCACCUGAUGUGCACCGUCCACGUGCCGAGCAGUGACGAGAUCUACACGCAUAUGAUGAAGUGGCUCGCUGUGCAGGACUUCAUGGGCAGUUCUCGGAGUGUCCUGGCCGAGACAGUGUCCAAGACGGCCUGGGAGGAUGACGACGAGCUUGAAGCGUUGCAGUUAAGAAGAAUUGCCGGGGGAGGAGAGGCAAAGUAUCUGAAAUUCUCUAAUCAGAGGGCAAACGCGGCACCUCGAUUCGUCCCAGCCGUUGGUCUGCACGGCUUCUGGCAUAAAGGUCGCUACUUCCACCUCCGUCGCCGUCAGGAAACCUUUGUCGACAACAACGGGUCCCAGCACAUGCCGAUCGGGAAGGAGGAGAGCCUCGUGAUCUCUUGCUUCGGCCGGUCUCCGGAACCUAUCAAGACGCUGCUCCGCACCGUAAAGCAGCAUUACUACAGCGACCACGUGGCGCGGACGACCAUUAAGCGGCCGGCGAUGCAGAUGGCCCGUCGAUACCCGGGCCGUAACAGCUGGGUCACCGUCGCCGUGCGGCCCGUCCGGCCUCUGAGUACGGUGGUGCUUGACGCCGCGCAGAAGGCCGUCAUCCUGGCCGACAUGAACGAGUAUCUUCACCCGGCCACGCCGCGAUGGUACGCGAACCGCGGCAUCCCGCUGCGGCGGGGUUACCUUUUCUUCGGCCCGCCCGGAACAGGCAAGACGAGCUUGUCAUUUGCGCUGGCGGGGGUGUUCGGGCUUGAUAUCUUCGUCAUCAGCUUGCUCGAGCCCACCUUGACGGAAGAGGACCUUGGGUCGCUGUUCAGCGGGUUGCCGAGGCGGUGUGUGGUGUUGCUGGAGGAUAUAGAUGCGGCCGGACUGCGGAGGCCGGAUGAGGAGGUGGAGAACGAAACCCAAGAACCAGCAGAGGAGGACAAGGGCGAAAAGAAAAAGGCAGACGCGGAAGCAGUCAACGGCGCCGAGGACAAGAAGAGCGAGCCCAUCCUCAACGGAACCAAGUCUGACGACCCUUCCUGCCCAAGCGAGAGAAAUGAAGCUGGGGCGGAAGCUAAACGGUCACGAAAUCCCGAAACAGGUGGAAAGGGCAAGAAGGGGAAAAGGGUCAACGGAACGAAUACAAUGCCCCGAGGUCAACCGCCUAUACAACUCCCGCCUCGUCCUACGGGAAGCCAACGUUUCCCGCCGGUGACCCGUCCAGGUUUCCCGCCUCCCCUUCCGCAGGAGGAGCGCCGGGGCAUAUCGCUCUCGGGUCUUCUCAACGCCAUCGAUGGCGUGGCAUCGCAGGAAGGCAGGGUUCUCGUGAUGACGACGAACCGGCCCGAGGACCUGGACGAAGCGCUGAUCCGGCCCGGCAGGGUGGACUUGCAGGUCUCAUUCACCAACGCGACGGGCAACCAAGCGAGGGAGCUUUUCGAGCGGAUGUACGACUCGGGUGCGGCGGCGGAAGAGACGGGGAUAAGGCCGGAGACGGAAGGAAGCCUGCGAAAGGGACACACACAAGAGAGCGCAGGCGGACGGGAAAAGGUCAUGUUUGCGGCUAUGGAUGGCGAAGAAGACGUCAUCGAACCCGAGGAGCUGAGGAGCGUGGCGGAGGAGUUUGGGGCCAAGAUACCCGACGGGUUGCUGAGUCCGGCGGAGAUUCAGGGGUUCUUGCUCAAGAGGAAGAAGGAGCCUCGGCGGGCUCUGAGAGAGACGGAUAACUGGGUGAAGGCUAUGAGAGUGCAGAAGAAGAGCAAGGCGAGGGUCUUAAAGGUUCAGUAGAUGAUCUCCAGUGGGGUCAUCGUCUUGGGGUGGACAAUACAGUAAGGAGGACCCAAGGAGAAACCGACGGCUCUUGUUACAUGGCUGACUGUCACGAGGAGUGAACUCGAGGGCAUCUGAUGGGUUUAUGUGCUUACGAAGUGACGAAAACGACCAAUUGUUCAAGACAUAAUACAAAGCAAUAGAGUAUUUACAUCCCGAAUAAA